AUGAGUGACGAGUUUAAUGGGUUGGACGGUUUGUCCGAUGAGCUUUUGUCAGCUGAGAGGAAACUGGAUAUAUUGACCCAGUUCAAGGCUCAUGUGAAGAAGACUUUGGUCAAUGAGCAAGUGUGUGUGAAAUAUUUCGAGAAUUUAAGCAGGUUACUGGUGGAACGAGGCUCAAAUAGGCGACGUGGUAACGAUGGAGAUGACGUAGUGUUCGCAUUAGCUCAUUCAGCUCUGUGUUAUUUGAUUAAACGUGUUGCAAUGCAAGCACAACAUAAGUUCCAGCAUGAUCUUAUCGAGCUAAUCGUUUCGACUUUGUUCAGUAUACCUUUUGCAGAUAAGAAAGUCUGGCAAAGUUCCGUGAAGGCAUUGGAAGCUAUAUAUUUGGCAAAGCCUAAUGAGUUUUGUCAGGUGUUGAACGAAUCAAUAGCGUAUAAUGGAUCCAUACGCACGAACGUGUUGUUGCUAAUCGAUGAGUUGGCAAGAAUGGAAUCGAGCAACGGGAGAAACGGUUCGAUGUUCUUGCAAAAAUUUAUACCAUUUUGGGUCCAAGAGAUGAACACCAAUGAUUCGAUAUCGAAUACAGACAUAGAGUUGAUAUACGAUAUCGUAGCCAACCGAUGCCCCGAGCCUAUGGUACGAAGUAUGGUCGAUUCAGUGAUUCGAGAAAGUGCAGCGAAAGUUUUCAAGUCUCGUUUGGUGGGGAAACUUAAUAAUCAUGGCUCCGAGAGCGAUAUGAAAGAUGAUUUUGAUAGGUCUAUCACCCAUACAAAUAGCAUUAAUUCCCAAGUUUUCAACUUACAAAAUGAAUUACAAUCCAUUAUGCAUCAGGCGCCGCAAUUUCCCACGGUACCUGCCCCAGAGCCAAUCUCAUACAGCAACUUGAGUUAUCUUAUAAAAGAUUUGGAGUCAAUGCUACCAGCGUUUGAAGGUUCAAGGGAAACAGAACAGAAUUGGAAAAUUAGACAGACAAAUGUUACCAAACUUCGAUCCAUUGUCUUAGGAAACGUUUCCAUUGAAUUCCCGGACAAAUUUUUAGAACUAUGGAAAGAUCUAAAUUUACAAUACUGCGUCACUAAAUCGGCCCUUUCGUUAAGAACUUCUCUUUGUACCCACGGUUGCAGCUUGGUGAAAGACCUUUGCUGUGUUUUCAAUUCCAUGUUGGAUAUCUCAAUUAUCGAAAACCUUUGGUCAUGCCUUGCCAAAUUGAUGUCAAAUACCAAGAAAAUCGCCAAUCAAAAUGCGUUUAUUUGUCUCAUAACGUUACUAUCUACUGUCCCAUUCCAUUCACGACUAUUCAAUCACUGUUUUGCGUUAAUCAGAGAUAAAAAUAACGUAUCAAGGCUAUAUUCUUCCACUUUCCUCAGAAUUCUAAUAGUAAGGUUCCAUAAGAGGUUGAUAUCGCAACAUCAUGUCUACGUCGAGGAAUGGUUGCAAAAAGGGUUAACAGACGCUCAGACAACCAUAAGGGAGUCCAUGAGAAUUACAUUCUGGUACUGGUUCAAAGUCUCACCAAUGAGUGGCAAGAAAAUGCUAAACCUUUUCCAACCUCAGAUCAAAAGAGCUCUAGAAAAUAGUAUUCCUACCCAUUUGGAUAUCAAUUAUGAGGCAGCUAUCCCUCCUCAAUCAAAGGAAUCGUCAAGAAGGUCAAGCUUACUGCCAAAACGAUUCCCCAGUUAUGCUGCUCCGACUCAAUCGUCCCAUUUACCUAGAUCGUCAAUAAAAAGAUCAUUAACGGAUUUAGCUCAAGGGACGCAAUCGUUUAGCAAAAGAUCGUUACGUACACCUCCGGAUCAUGAUAUGAAUAUUGAUUUAACAAGUGAGUUGACAAAUUCACAAACAAAUCCGUUGUUGAAUCGCUACAUGAAGAGAGAAGAGGUUGAACCAGAACCUCUUCAUGUCAUUUUAUCCAAGGACCCUAAACUGGGAUUGGAUUUACUACAAAAGUAUUUAUUAUCGGAUACCAAAAUCGGCGAUGAAGAGAAGGUCCAAUCUGCAAUAGUGUCGUUGAUAAGAACUAACCCCAAAGCCUUCAAACCCCUUUUGCAUUUACCAAAAUUCUACCAACUGAUUCCUUUAAAUUUUUCUAUGGUUUUAUUGCCAUUAAAUGACCUCGAUAUCUCGAUGAUUGAAACUCAAUUCAAAACAUAUGAUAUUAUAAACAAUGUUAUUUCAAUAUUACAAUCAUUGGAGGAUAAAAACUCUGAAUGGUCUAUAUUUUAUGUGCGAUUCAAAUAUCAGAUAUACAAUUUCUGUUUCAAUACUAUAGCAAAAAUGCUCAAUACGGUUACCCUUUCAGAUCAACUGAUAAACGAAUUAAUUAAUGCUUGCGGAAAAGAUAUGGAUGCCGAGAAAUAUUAUAAGUUAAUUUUAAACAUCUAUCUUGCAGAUAAAACUAAAUUCGUACGUUUAUUGAAAUCAACAUCGACUGCAUCAACUAAAUUGAAAAUCGCCAAUGUUAUUCAGAAAAAAGAUUCAGAGUUCAAAAUAAAAAGCAUAUUGAAUUAUCCUUCAGUGCCUGAACCUAUAGUUUCUCCUGAAGAACAUCAUUUACUUGAAAUGACCAUGGUAAAUCCAUUGGGCAAAAGAACUGUCAGCUCUAAUACAGUUAUACAUAACUCACUGGAAGGUUUAGACGAAAGUGAAAGUAAUCCUAAUAUCAUUGCUGACGAAGACAACCACUCAGAGAAGGAGGACCUUGUUACGGUGCCACCUGUUGCCAAAAAUUCUGUUAACACUGUAUCUUUUGUAGCAGAUUCGCCUUCUGAUUCAGAUAAUGACGACACUAAAAAAAACGGAUCAGAUGUUGUGGAUCAUGAAGAAAUUAGAGACCAUGAAGAGUCACAUGGCUUUACAAAGUUUGGAGGAUUCUCAAAGUUAACAGAGAUGACAAAAGUGCACAGUGUUUUCCAGCCUGAAACAGUGGAUGAAAAUGUUGAUCCUAUGGAGGUCGAUUCACCUGAUGAAUCUAAUUUGGAUCAAAAGUCAUUGCUUACAGACAUUUUUUUGAAAAAUCAACAUCAAGAAGGAUCAGUAUCACCUAUAUUCAAGCCUCAGGAAUUAAAUAAUGAUCCAAGACAUGAUUACGAUUCCGACAUGUUAAGUGAUGCGAUAAAUGGCAUAGAAAUCAAGACAAAUGAUGGGUCGGUUGCAAAUAGAUCUGAAGAUGAUAUUAAAACUCUUGGUACUAACAUGGGUUCUGUUUCCGACCCCAAAACAUUCAAACCUAUCAACCUUGCUCAUUUUGCCAAUGAUUCGUUGUUUUCGUUUGAAUUGAAAUUUAUCGAUGCUUCCAUAGGCAUCGUAAAUUUGACGCAGCUGAAAUUGAUAGUCCAGUCGAUUAUAAACAAUGGCACUUUCAAAAUGAAUGAAUUGCAAUAUAUCUUGAAAUGUUUCUUAUGCUACGAUCAAGAGGUCUUAGAAUGGAUACACGAUCAGCACGAACUGAAGGAUGUUUGGGCAAUAACUGAAUUAUUACUUUCAUCAAGUUCAUCAGAAUCACAGAUUCCUACAAAUAUUGCAUAUAAAUCAAUCAUUCUCACUGCUUGUCUACUAACGAUUGAUGAUGAACUUGAGCAUACAGUAUUGAAAGAUUCAAGCAUAAGCCAACUGUUCGAACACAUUAUAUCGCUAGUUGCUAAGCUCGAUACUUUCGAGAAUGAAAUAUACUUCGCUUGCACCGAACUGAGAACCCUUUUAUUGUCUCAAGACAACAACAAACAUCUACCGAGCUUCUUGGAGAAAUGCUUGAAAGCAUUAUGCGAUACAAAGGAGCAGUACAUUGUCAAAAUCAGCUUCUUACUAGAGACAAUCAAUGGUAUCAUUAGUUCGAUGGGCAAUUUACUCUCUGUAGAUGUCCUACGGGAUCUCGCUAAAACAAUCUCCAGAUAUACACCAAGCGAUGUUGCUGAGUGGCGAUUUGCAUCCUGCACCGCUCUUGCUACCAUAUACAGCCAGUUGAUAUCCAGAAGCACCCCAGUAGGCUAUAUACGGUCACUAAUGCCUCUGUUGGACCCAUCUGACUUCGAAGUCGUCAGGUCGUUAUCGACGACGAAAGACGCGACGCGUCGACUGGGCUGA